UCCUAUUCUAUCACAUCUGUGCGAGGCACCACCUCUACCGCGCGUCUCCUUCUACGAGUCGUAUAUAUAUAUACCUUUUGUCGCAGCGUCUCACCACAUCGUCAAGAGACGUACAUGUGUCUGACACGCAAAACAUCACAGUCCUCUCGCGCUCUCCCAAGCUAUCACGCAGAGACAGGUGAUCUGGGAAUCAUCGACAGGCAACAGCGCUUGUCCACACCAUGUGAGUACCUCUACAUACCUCUCGCCCUCAAAACCCCUGUUCUAUUCUUCAUUUUGGUCAGAUCACAGCACCGUUGCCGCGUGCUCUCUCACUGUACUGUAUAUUAUAUCCUGUUCGCAACAUCUCACCUCAACUCGCCCUCCACAUGGUCACGCUUCUGAUACUCGCAGUACAACAGAUCUUGCGUCGUUCAUUGCUUGGCCACCAGUUCCAAGUCAUCGAGAUGGACAGACUAACCCAGAAGGAGCUCGACUGUCUCCUCGCGCUCCGCGACCUGAAACUCAGCGGCGCAGUUCAGGACGUGGACACAGCUCCGGUGACCAACAACAGCGGUCACACUGGCCAAGGCCCGGGAGUGGUCGAGCCUGUUCCCGUCCAAAACAAGGUCGCCAAGGAGAACCCAGACUAUCGCGUCGUCGCUUACGAUGAGCUCUGCCCGAGGUGGCGACUUGAAGUGUACCAUUCAGAGCUUCUUUGGGGCUCGGUUGCCGGUGAGUCCGACGAGGACGAUAAGAACGAGGAGGAACGUCUCAAUGAGAUGGCUGGUGCUGAAGCUCCCAACCCGAUCACAAACGAGGAGCUGUUGAGGACUCCAGCCACAUAUGCUCGCUCUUGCUGCGACGGUCGAGGUGUCCUACGAGGUGUCCUACGCAAGGAGGGCGAAGACUGA